AUGGAGAUAACAAAUAUUAAGAAAGUAAUCUUUGCCAAAUGUACUAGUUUAUUUACACACAUUUUACUAACAAAUUAUAUUCCUGAAACGCUUGUUGAUAGAAUCAACAUUGAAGUAAGAAAAGCAAUAAGAAAGAAAUUUUUCAUGCAUAAUGCCAGUCCAACAAACUAUUUUCACCUCCCAAUCACCUAUGGUGGAUUAGGCAUUCCAAGAUUCGACAUCUUUGCUGAUGAAAUUAGAAUCAAAACAGCCCUUUAUCUUAUUAACAAUGAGAACGAACUCCUUAGAGAAGUUUAUUCAGAAGGAAUUAAAUAUGAAAAUUCGAUUUUUAAGGAAAUGAAUAGAUCAAUGAAGAAAUACAAGAUCAAACCUCAACAAUUUAACAAUGAUGAAAAUCUUCCAAAACUCAAAGGAAAGAAUUUUACUAUUUACACUGAUGGAUCAAAUCUAAACAAUUCAACAGGUUUCGGCUUCACCGCCAAUAAGAUGCAUCCUCAACGAUUAUCAAGAAUCAAGAUACUGUGA